CAAAUUACAGGUUUACAAGUGGUUCUAAAAUCGAUACUGUGUGCGAUGGCUCCAUUGCUACAAAUCGGACUGCUUGUGCUGUUCGCUAUUGUGAUUUUUGCCAUCAUUGGUCUCGAGUUUUACUCGGGUGCCUUUCACUCUGCUUGCUACAAUGAUCGAGGUGAAAUCGAAAAUGUCAGCGAGAAACCGUCACCGUGCACAAAUAAAACCACCACGAUGGGCGUGUACAACUGUGAUGUCGAAGGUACGACCUGCCUUAAUAAAUGGAUAGGUCCAAAUUACGGUAUCACAUCGUUUGAUAACAUUGCCUUUGCUAUGAUCACCGUAUUCCAAUGUAUUACUAUGGAAGGAUGGACAACCGUCAUGUAUUAUGGCCUCUUCAUUUUAGAAUGGCUGAAAAGAGGUGUGCUUUACCAGGUCAAAAACCUCAUCAUACCAUGUGCAACAUCUGUGGAGGUAGUGGUGGUCAACGCCCUCCCGGAUGAGACAAACGACUCCUUAGGAAGCACGUACAAUUGGGCGUAUUUCAUUCCACUCAUCGUACUUGGCUCGUUUUUUAUGCUGAAUCUCGUACUGGGAGUUUUGUCCGGAGAAUUUGCAAAAGAACGAGAGCGGGUAGAAAAUCGACGUGAGUUCCUCAAACUUCGUCGACAACAACAGAUUGAGCGGGAGCUCAACGGCUACCUUGAGUGGAUCAUGGCGGCCGAGGAGGUGAUUCUCAAAGAAGACCGAACUACUGAGGAGGAGAAACAAGCUAUACUCGAUGGCCGUCGACGAGCUGAAACAAAGAAGAAGAUGAAAGAUGCCUCAAAGCAACAAUCGACUGAAACUGAAGAGGAUAUGGAAGAGGAGGAGGAAGAACUCGACGAGGAAUAUCUCGACGAGGGAGGCGAGCCAGGAGAAAAUUUCGGUAGAAGCGCGAGUGCUGUGCAUGGCCUCGAGAAAUCGCACGCAAUACAAAUGCGGGUAAUAGUGAAGACACAAAUAUUCUAUUGGUCCGUCAUCACGUUGGUCUUUCUGAACACGGCAUGCGUCGCGUCUGAACACUACGGGCAGCCACCCUGGCUCACGAAAUUUUUGCAGUAUGCUGAAUACGUUUUCCUAGGAAUUUUUAUUAUGGAAGUGUUGCUCAAAUUGUUUGCAAUGGGUUCACGUACUUAUUUCGCAUCGAAGUUCAAUCGUUUCGAUUGCAUUGUCAUCGUUGGCUCAGCGUUCGAAGUGAUAUGGGCCGAAGUAAAAGGCGGUUCAUUCGGUAUUUCAGUGCUAAGAGCGUUGAGGUUGCUCAGGAUUUUUAAAUUAACAUCUUACUGGGUAUCUCUGCGUAAUUUGGUUCGAUCACUGAUGAAUUCAAUGCGAAGUAUCAUCUCAUUGUUGUUCUUGCUUUUUCUGUUCAUUCUCAUCUUUGCUCUGCUUGGAAUGCAGUUAUUCGGUGGAAAGUUUAACUUUCCUACGAUGCAUCCCUACACUCACUUUGAUACGUUUCCUGUUGCCUUGAUUACAGUAUUCCAGAUCCUCACGGGUGAAGAUUGGAACGAAGUGAUGUACCUGGCCAUAGAAGCACAAGGUGGUAUCUAUGGUGGAGGAAUGGUGUACUGUAUCUACUUCAUCGUCUUAGUGCUUUUCGGAAACUACACCCUGCUAAAUGUGUUCUUGGCUAUCGCCGUCGAUAACUUGGCAAACGCUCAAGAACUCACAGCAGCUGAAGAGGCCGAUGAGAAAGCUAAUGAGAUGGAUGACAGUGAAGAGGAGGAGCCAGUGAGUCUCAUCGUCGUUUAUUCAUUCAUCAUUCAUAAUCGGCAAAAUCGAUUUUUCUUGUGUACAGUAUCCAAGUUAACCGAUCGAUCAUCCCAUUUGAGCACACUUGAUGGUGAUCACUGUGCAAUCGAUAUGGAUGGGAAUGAUCAAGAUGACGAUGAGGAAUGUGAAGAAGAGGAAUCUCCGUUCGGUGGACCUCGUCCGAUGGUUCCGUACACAUCGAUGUUCUUCCUGUCUCCAUCAAAUCCGUUACGCGUUCUUGUUCACAGCAUUGUCUGUACAAAAUAUUUCGAAAUGAUGGUAAUGGGUGUUAUUUGUUUGUCAUCAAUUUCGCUAGCUGCAGAAGAUCCCGUCGAUGAGGAAAAUCCAAGAAACAAAGUGCUUCAGUACAUGGACUACUGCUUCACUGGUGUUUUUGCAUGCGAAAUGCUUCUAAAGUUUGCGCGUAAUCUAACUUGUCAUUACUCCAUCAGAGAGAUCGACAAUAGUUUUUCGUGCCUUCCCUAUGGAUGCAAAAAGCGCAUGCGAUGGUCCUCUUCAGUGGUCCGAAUUCGCAAACUUAUUGAGGCGGUCCUGAACUUUCGUGGCACUGAAGGAUCGGCUGGUAAAAACUUGAACACCAUCAAAUCGCUCAGAGUGCUCCGUGUGUUGAGGCCAUUGAAGACCAUCAAGAGGAUUCCAAAGCUGAAGGCUGUGUUCGAUUGCGUCGUGAACUCACUUAAAAACGUUUUCAACAUUUUGAUUGUGUAUUUUCUGUUUCAAUUCAUUUUCGGAGUAAUCGCUGUACAGCUUUUCAAUGGAAAAUUCUUCUAUUGUACUGACAAAACGAAGCGCUUCGCAUAUCAGUGUCAUGGACAGUUUUUCAUUUUUGAUAAUCAGAACGAACCGCCUCGUGUUGAACAAAGAGAAUGGAGGCUGAGGCCGUUCAACUAUGAUAACACCAUCAACGCUAUGCUCACAUUGUUUGUGGUGACUACGGGUGAGGGGUGGCCGGGUAUACGCCAGAACUCAAUGGAUACAACAUUUGAGGAUCAGGGACCAAGUCCCUUUUAUCGGGUCGAGGUGGCACUAUUCUAUGUGAUGUUCUUCAUUGUAUUUCCGUUCUUUUUCGUCAAUAUUUUCGUUGCUUUGAUUAUCAUCACAUUCCAAGAGCAGGGCGAAGCUGAGUUGUCAGAAGGUGAUCUGGACAAGAAUCAGAAGCAGUGUAUCGAUUUUGCGUUAAACGCACGACCACGCUCUCUGUUCAUGCCGGAAGAUAAAAAUUCUAUAAAAUAUCGAAUAUGGCGACUUGUUACCUCAGCACCAUUUGAAUACUUCAUUAUGGCUAUGAUCUGUUGCAAUACAAUCAUUCUUAUGAUGAAAUUCCAUGGAAAUUCAGAUUUUUAUGAGAAAGUCCUAAGACUUUUCAAUACUGCUCUCACAGCUGUUUUCACUGUAGAGAGUAUUCUGAAGAUUCUAGCGUUUGGAGUUCGGAACUAUUUCCGAGACGGUUGGAACAGAUUCGAUUUUGUGACAGUUGUCGGUUCCAUCACUGACGCCUUAGUUACCGAAUUCGGAGGUCACUUCGUUUCUCUCGGUUUUCUGCGUCUCUUUCGUGCAGCUCGUCUCAUUCGACUCCUACAACAAGGAUACACCAUUCGAAUUCUGUUGUGGACAUUCGUUCAGAGCUUCAAGGCUCUCCCUUACGUUUGCCUUCUAAUCGGCAUGUUGUUCUUCAUUUAUGCCAUUGUCGGUAUGCAGGUAUUCGGUAACAUCUGGUUAAAUGCCGCGACUGAAAUCAAUCGUCACAACAAUUUCCAGUCGUUUUUCAACUCAGUAAUUCUUCUAUUUCGAUGUGCGACAGGAGAAGGGUGGCAGGAUAUCAUGAUGGCAUGUGGUGCACAGAAAGAUUGUGCUAGAGCCGGUUCAGAUGAAAUCAACUACGAUAAGGGUCAAACAUGUGGCAGCAAUGUGAGCUACGCGUACUUCACGUCCUUCGUGUUUCUAUCUUCCUUCUUGAUGCUGAAUCUGUUCGUUGCCGUCAUUAUGGACAAUUUCGAUUACCUAACGAGAGAUUCCUCCAUUCUCGGUCCUCAUCACUUGGACGAGUUUAUUCGUGUCUGGGCCGACUAUGAUCCUGCAGCAACCGGACGAAUCCACUACACGGAUAUGUACGAUAUGUUGCGGAAUAUAACACCGCCUGUCGGAUUUGGACGGAAAUGUCCGUAUCGGUUAGCAUACAAGCAUUUGGUCCGUAUGAAUAUGCCCGUUGCUGAUGAUGGCACUGUACAUUUUACAACAACCCUCUUCGCUCUCAUUCGGGAGAGUCUCAGCAUUAAAAUGCGGCCAGUAGAAGAGAUGGAUGAAGCCGACGAAGAGCUGAGGCAAACGCUGAAGAAGAUUUGGCCGUUGAAGGCGAAGAAGAACAUGAUCGAUCUAGUAGUCCCGCCAAAUCACGAGCUCUGUUUCCAAAAACUGACCGUGGGGAAAAUCUAUGCUGGUCUCUUAAUUCUGGAGAAUUACCGUGCGAAGAAGAGUGGAACUGAGGUGGGUUCGCUAACACCUCUCCAAUCGGAAAUAUUUCAAUUUUUGAGGAAUUAA